CUACUACAACAAACUUAUCUUCUUUUUACUAAAGAGAAAAAAAGCAAAAAUGGGAGAUUUUAAUUCUAAGAAAAUUAACAAAGUGAAUGUUGGAAGUGAUAUUCAAGAAUUACCAAAGAGAGAAAUUGGGAAAGGCUUGAGAAAAAAGAUUUUGCAAAAAGGGAAUUCUUGGAAGACACCAUUUCCGGGUGAUGAAAUCCAAGUUCAUUACAGAGUGAAACUUCAAGAUGGGAAAUAUUUUGAUUCAAGCUAUGAUAAAGGAAAGCCUUUUACAUUCAAGCUAGGACAAGAUGAAAUUUCAUUUAGACAAGAAAAUAAUGUGCGAAGGUGAGCUUCAAAGGUAUCUGAUGGCAGAUAUGUGGCAUGGGGGAAUAUGAGGACGAUUGUGGUGCUGAUCUUGAGGCAGAAAUGACAGCACCAACAAUAUUUGUGACGACCGUAAUUCUAUCACUUAUUUCUGAGUUUUUUGACGUGACUAGAGAUGAAAGAGGAGAUCGGCGAAAUUAAAAUUUCGAUAUGUACUUGACCCUAAUAUGAUACUUAUAAAGGUUAUGAAAUCAUAGUAUUAUGUAUUGUAAAAGUAUUUAAGCAAAUAGCCAGAUUACAUAUGGUACUAGGAAUCCUAUAACAAGAUUCCUAGUAUAUAGACCGAAAAAUACAUGCAUAUUGCUUAAAAUGUAUGCCUCAUUACGAUGAUUCCUAACUCCAUUGCAUUUUGCUGCCAAUUAUAUAAAUCAAUUUCUAUUCC